AUGUCAUCGACAAGGACCUUCGCGGAUGGCGAAGGAUUGGAAGGAUGGCAGACGGAUGGCAGUCAUAAAUUUUACACUGCCUUGAAGCCCAUUAGGCUAAAAGAGUGGCCAAGUACGCACCCUUGGGCAGCUGCAGGAUUCAGGACGAUGGACGGAGGACUCAGGACUCUGGACCCAGGACACUGGACUUCGGAUGCAGGACGAGGACGAGGACUACGUCAUGUGGCCGAACAACCGAGCAGCGGGCCAAACUGGAAACAUCAAAAGCUGGGGGUGGCCAGGGGAUUGGGUUGGAUUCAUAUGGAGGCUGAGAAUUACCGAAUUACCGGGGUGCCAGGACCAACUAAAGUCCUUUUCCUGGGUGCAGAACCGGAAUUGCAAUGGCAGUCGCUGAGGGAACAAAUGUUCACUCCACAUUACAUUUGUCUUAGCCGGCGUGCAGAUUAA